UGUUUCCACAGGUAUAGGUAGGAAAUACUAUCGGACAUGUCAGGCGGUUCCGGGGUCUCGCCUUCAUAGCUUACCCUACAGCAGUAGCACAGAUGCCCCUACCCCAGUUGUGGGCAGCUGCUUUCUUUUUCAUGAUGGUUCUCCUUGCUAUAGACUCGGAGUUUGGGACUAUUGAGGCUUGUGUGGGACCGUUACAGGAUUACCCUUUCUUUCAGAAGAUUAGAAAAGAGGUUCUGUGUCUUAUCUUGUGUGUACUUCUCUGUCUACUCGGACUACCCAUGUGUACUCAGUCUGGACUCUAUGUCUUUGUGUUGUGGAUACCUUUCUGUAGGCUAUAUCAGCUUCGCUUCUAUAGGUGUUGCAGAGUGUGUGGUGGUGGCGUGGUUCUACGACCUGGACAAGUUCUGCGAGGAUAUCGAGUACAUGACCGGAUCUCAACCUCACAUCUACUGGAAACUCUGCUGGAAGUUCAUAUCACCUAUCGUUGUUACAGUAAUCCUGAUAGCGAGUCUAGUAAAGCAGUGUAUGAAACCAGCAGAGUACACAAUAUACACAGGUUGCGAUCCCCUUGACCCUGUGGGAGCCAAAGAAUGGACCAGGGAUGUUCCUUUCCCCUGGUGGGCCCAGAUAAUUGGGGCCGUGAUGGUUAUGGGCCCUGUUCUUCCUAUGCCUAUCUUGGCUACUUGGCAUUUUGUAACGAAAUAUUUUUCUAGUAAGGGCACUGAUACGAACUCUGAGGGAGAAUGUGCAGCUUAGUUUUUAGAUUUUAUUAAAAACAUUAUAUUUCUGUGUUAAACUUAAACAAUUAACAAUUUUGUGAAUAGGACUAGAAGUUGUAGGUUUCUUUAUUUUGAUUAAAUUUUGAUUAACGUGCUGCUUAUUCAACUGAUUUAUAAACUCAUAUAGUUAUACAAUAUACAUAGUACAUAGUAUUAGUUAUUAUAGGACCGACCGACAACGAUCAAUUAUUAUCAGUUGUACGUAUUUUACGUUUUUAAUAUAUUA